CCUGCCGGCUCCAGCCUUGGGCUUGGGGGUGCCCAGGAAGGCGGCGGGGAAAAGCGGCGCUGCGCCUUUAACGGGCUCUGCGCGGAGCUCCCGGCAGGAGGCGUGUCUCUCGCUCUAGCUCGCUCGCUCGCCCGCCCGCCUGCCUCGGCUCGGCUGCCUCGGCUGCGGCUCUCCAGUGAGCUCGGCGCGCCGCCUCGGCUCCUCAGCCCCAGAGCCCCGUCCAAAGCCAGCUCCGCUGACUUUUCUCCUCCCCGGCCGCCCUGGGCAGCAGCGGACAAGGUUCGCCCGACUGGCCACGGCGCCUGCCUAUGCCUGCCCGUGUGUGCGCGCUCGGGUGCGCGUGUGUGCGUGUGUGUGUUUGGAUUUCUCGAGGAUCCUCUCCCCGCCCCGCGCUCAGCCCGACGACCAUGGAUGUCCCACCAUUCCUUGCAGUUGAAGGUUGCUCCUUGGCGCAGUGAAUGAAGAUCAUGCAGGGAUUGCUAAUGGCUUUGGGAAGCGGAGAGCCUCUCCCUUCGGUGUGACCAUGCCGUGAUCGCGUCUCCGGGCCAAACACUUCCGCGGCUCCGCAAGCUCGUGGAAACCGACCGCAGCGGCGGGGCUGGUGGCGGCUGCUGGUGGCGGCGGCGGCGCUGCUGGGGGGACAAAAAGCGGACGCUUGAAGCGAAGGGGGCCAAGAGGAAAAGCGGCGCGUGUGUGCGUAGGAAACACCAUGAAGAUUAUUUCCCCGAUUCUAACUCAUCCAGUCUUCAGAGGCACCAUUCGGCUCCUGCUUUGCUUACUGUGGAUUGGAUAUUCCCAAGGAACCACGCAUGUGUUGAGAUUCGGGGGUAUUUUUGAAUGUGUGGAAUCUGGCCCAACGGGAGCAAUGGGAGCAGAAGAACUGGCCUUCAGAUUUGCUGUGAACACAAUCAAUAGAAACAGAACUCUGUUGCCAAACACUACAUUAACAUACGAUACUCAGAAGAUAAAUCUCUAUGAUAGUUUUGAAGCAUCCAAAAAAGCUUGUGAUCAGCUCUCUCUUGGAGUAGCAGCUAUCUUUGGACCUUCACAUAGCUCUUCGGCUAAUGCAGUGCAAUCUAUCUGCAACGCUUUAGGGGUUCCACAUAUACAGACGCGCUGGAAGCAUCAGGUUUCAGACAACAAAGACUCAUUCUAUGUCAGUCUUUAUCCAGAUUUCUCUUCACUCAGCCGCGCCAUCCUUGACCUUGUGCAGUUCUUCAAGUGGAAAACUGUCACGGUUGUUUAUGAUGACAGCACAGGUCUCAUUCGAUUGCAAGAGCUUAUUAAGGCUCCAUCGCGGUACAACCUGCGACUAAAAAUCCGCCAGUUACCAGCUGACACAAAGGAUGCAAAGCCCUUGCUCAAGGAGAUGAAAAGAGGCAAGGAAUUCCACGUCAUCUUUGAUUGCAGUCAUGAAAUGGCAGCAGGCAUUUUGAAACAGGCUUUAGCAAUGGGAAUGAUGACAGAAUACUAUCAUUACAUCUUUACCACAUUGGACCUCUUUGCUCUUGAUGUGGAGCCAUAUCGGUAUAGUGGGGUUAACAUGACUGGAUUCAGGAUUUUGAAUACAGAAAACAGCCAAGUGGCAUCCAUCAUUGAAAAGUGGUCCAUGGAACGAUUACAAGCACCUCCAAAGCCUGAUUCAGGUUUGCUGGAUGGAUUUAUGACGACGGAUGCAGCUUUGAUGUAUGAUGCCGUUCAUGUGGUGUCGGUGGCUGUCCAGCAGUUCCCACAGAUGACUGUCAGUUCGUUGCAAUGUAAUCGGCACAAACCAUGGCGCUUUGGGACCCGCUUCAUGAAUCUCAUUAAAGAGGCUCACUGGGAAGGCCUCACUGGCAGGAUAACCUUCAACAAAACCAAUGGCUUAAGGACAGAUUUUGACUUAGAUGUAAUUAGCUUGAAGGAGGAAGGCCUUGAAAAGAUUGGAACUUGGGAUCCUGCAAGUGGACUUAACAUGACCGAGAACCAGAAAGGAAAACCAGCAAACAUUACUGAUUCCUUAUCUAAUCGUUCCCUAACUGUAACCACUAUCUUGGAAGAGCCAUAUGUGAUGUUCAAGAAGUCUGAUAAACCUUUGUAUGGGAAUGAUAGGUUUGAGGGAUAUUGCAUCGACCUCCUCAGGGAACUAUCAACUUUCCUUGGAUUUACCUAUGAGAUACGGCUGGUGGAAGAUGGAAAAUACGGAGCCCGGGAUGAUGCCAGCGGACAGUGGAAUGGAAUGGUUCGUGAACUGAUUGAUCAUAAAUCAAGAAUAGCCACGUAUGAAAAAAUGUGGGCCUUUAUGAAUAGCAGGAGGCAGUCGGUGCUUGUCAAAAGUAACGAAGAAGGUAUCCAGCGUGUACUCACCUCUGAUUAUGCCUUCCUAAUGGAGUCAACUACCAUUGAGUUUGUUACACCAGCGGAACUGUAA